CGGAAUGGGAGGUGCGGCUAACUUUCUUCUGCGUCCCGGCGGUAGCGCAGCGCCCAACAUCCUCCGAUCUCAGCCCCUUCCCCAGCUCCUUUUCCGGUGGCGCUCAGAUUCCUGAACUUUCUCUGCAUCUAGGCCAUUUUCCCUGCGUGUUGUCCUUUUGACCUCUUGACCUCUGACGCAAAGGUUAAAGGACCGGACCUGCCCUGCAAACCUCCGGGUCCUCCUCGAGUCAGCUGCAACCCCGCCCGUUUCUACACUUCAGGCCUGUUCUUUCAGCUUCCUGCAUACCCCACUCGACACCCCCACCCCCGGCACCAUCCCCCCCAGUUCUGUAACUCAGCUCUAAAACCUUCAAGAUCUCCAUUCUCCAGACCAAUUCAUUUCGGAGACUCGGUCCCUCUCCCAUUUGCUACCUUUCAGCCCAUGCCGUAGAUCCUGAAAUGAUUUCUCCCUGUCACUCUCCUCCCCUGGAGCUUCCUCCAGAAACCCCUGCACCCCAGGGUCUCACGAUUCCUCCUCCCCAACACCCGAAUUUCCUCGACUUAGCGUCUUCACCCCCUUCCUGCAGUCUCCAGGCCCCUACUCCCCCACCACCCCCGCUGCCACCUCCUGCCCCUGCCCUGGGGGCUGCUCCCCCUCUCGUCUUUGGCCUGGAGAAGAGUCAGCUCCUGAAGGAGGCCUUGGAGAAGGCUGGCCCAGUCCCCAGUUGCAGAGAGGACGUGAAGAGGCUCCUGAAGCUACACAAGGACCGUUUCAGGAGUGACUUGCAGUGGAUCCUUUUCUGUGCCGACCUGCCCUCCCUCAUCCAAGAAGGCCCUCAAUGCGGGCUUGUGGCGCUGUGGAUGGCAGGCCCUCUCCUCUUGCCCCCCAACGGGGUCCCCCUGGAGAGAAUCGUGCGGGUGGCCUUGGAGCGAGGCUACACGGCCCAGGGGGAGAUGUUCUCGGCGGCCAACAUGGGCAGGCUGGCCAGGGAGGUGCUGGGCUGCCACGCCGAGCUGCUCUGCGGAGGCCUGGGCAGCCCCAACAGAGACCGCAUCCUGCGGCACCUGGUGGCCGGGCAGCCCCUGCUCAUCCCCUACGACGAGGACUUCAACCACGAGCCAUGCCAGAGGAGGGGCCACAAGGCCCACUGGGCAGUGAGUGCAGGGGUCCUGCUGGGGGUGCCAGGUGUGCCAAGCCUUGGCUAUGCUGAGGACCAUGAGCUGCCAGGCCUGUUCCACCCAGUGCCCAGCACGGCGUGCCAGCCACCAUCGCUGCCAGAGGAGGGGUCCCCGGGCGCCGUGUACCUUCUCUCCAAGCAAGGCAAGAGCUGGCACUACCAGCUGUGGGACUACGACCAAGUCCGGGACAGCAACCUGCAGCUGACAGACCUCUCACCUUCCAGGGCCGCUGACGGCCGGGAGUACGUGGUGCCCGCCGGUGGGGUGAGGGCCGGCCUCUGCGGCCAGGUGCUGCUCCUCACGCCACGGGCCCAGGCCACAGCCUGACUCCCGCCGUUUGCAAAGUGCUUUGCAGCAGCCUGGAUCUCAGAGGACCUCCAGCUAGAGGCCCCCCUGUAGGGGACCCCCUGCUCCCCCCAGGCAUCAUCCCAGUGCCUCCCACGGCCCUGCAGGGCGCACCCACCGUGUGGGGCUGGGGUCCCAGCAAGGGGAUGGAGACUGCCAGCAGCUCAGCGCCCAGGCCAUGCCCAUCACGGCCACCACCCUCUCCUCAACCACCGUGUGCUCUGGACAUCUGCAAGAGCCCCUCACUGCAGCCCCCUGCUGUCUCCCUGCCCCCCACUUCUGUUCACACAGGACAGGGCCCCUUAAAAGGCAAACCCAAGGUUGUACACUUGCAGCUUCCAGGUGUAUGGGAUUCUUUGAACACAGAGAGCAGUCACAUUCUACUGUAGGAGCUGCUGUCUGUCCAUGUCAGAGCAAAUUAAAGUCAAUUUAAAUGACAAACCAGGCCUUGCUGGAGAAACUUCCAGCAGCUGUCCUUGCUCCAGGACCAGG